AAUAAAUAAAUAAAAUCUUAAAAAAAAAUUCUGCAUUCGUAUUUGUUGGCUCAUUUGUUUUCCUAGGAACUAAGUGUGUGUGAUAGAGAUGAGAGCCCAGAUGAUCUAGGUUUGGUACCUGCCUGGCCAUUUUACUGCUGCUUAUGAGAGGGUGAGCAAGUCUUCUCUGAAUCUGUCUGCUAAACUAUUAAAAAAAAAAAAUUAGAUAACAAAACCAUCGUUUUUCCUCAUCAGUUUAUGAAAGAGCCAAGUGAGGAAAUCAACAUAAAGUCCUUUACAAAUUAUAAAGAAUGGAAUGACUCCUCUAAUGCAUGCUGCCUAUAAAGGGAAGCUUGAUAUGUGCAAAUUACUUUUACGACAUGGAGCUGAUGUAAAUUGUCAUCAACAUGAGCACGGAUACACAGCCCUCAUGUUUGCUGCGCUUUCUGGUAACAAAGACAUCACAUGGGUAAUGUUGGAAGCUGGAGCUGAGACAGAUGUUGUCAACUCUGUGGGAAGAACUGCAGCUCAGAUGGCAGCCUUUGUGGGUCAACACGACUGUGUGACGAUCAUCAACAAUUUCUUUCCUCGCGAGAGAUUGGAUUAUUACACUAAACCCCAGGGGCUGGAUAAAGAGCCGAAACUGCCUCCAAAGUUGGCGGGCCCACUGCACAAAAUUAUUACUACAACCAAUCUUCAUCCUGUCAAGAUCGUGAUGCUUGUCAAUGAGAACCCUCUGCUGGCAGAAGAGACAGCCCUGAAUAAGUGCUACAAGGUGAUGGAUUUGAUCUGUGAGAAAUGCAUGAAGCAGAGAGACAUGAAUGAAGUGUUGGCUAUGAAAAUGCAUUACAUCAGCUGUAUCUUCCAGAAAUGUAUUAGCUUCUUAAAGGAUGGAGAGAAUAAACUGGACGCUCUGAUCAAAAGCUUGUUAAAAGGCCGAGCUUCAGAUGGCUUUCCGGUAUAUCAAGAAAAGAUCAUAAGGGAAAGCAUCAGGAAAUUUCCUUACUGUGAAGCCACACUCCUCCAGCAGCUGGUGCGAAGCAUUGCUCCUGUGGAAAUUGGUUCUGAUCCCACUGCAUUCUCUGUUCUUACCCAAGCCAUCACUGGUCAGGUGGGUUUUGUGGAUGUGGAAUUUUGCACUACCUGUGGAGAGAAGGGAGCAAGUAAAAGAUGUUCCGUCUGCAAGAUGGUUAUAUAUUGUGAUCAGACCUGCCAGAAAACACACUGGUUUGCACAUAAGAAAAUCUGUAAGGAUCUAAAGGACAUUUACGAAAAGCAACAAUUGGAAGCUGCCAAAGAAAAGAGUGAAGAGGAAAACAAUGGCAAACUUGAUGUCAAUUCUAAUUGUGUUCAUGAAGAGCAGCCGGAGGCUGAUGCGGGGAUCUCCCAAGAGACUUGUCAGCUUAAGGAGUCUGUGGAAGGGGAGAAAGAAUGUUCUCCAAGUGGAGCGGGUUUGGAAGGCUUCCAGGACGCUCCUGCAGGCCCGCAGGAAUCUGAGGAGUGAAGGGCAGAGCGGGGCCGGCACGGAUGGUUCACACCCUGGCAGGUAGCCAGAGAGCUCACGUGACUGUGUCCUCACUGCCUCAUGACCCCUGCGUGGCACCAUGGCGGGAGUCCAUGUUUCCUAGAAUGGAUGUCUUCAAGCAAAGCUCUGUCUACCAUGCCCUGAGUUCCUGGUGAUUUCUGUACUGUGAUUGGAGUUAUUCCAAGGGAAAAAUGUUUAUUUCAAAGUAUCGCAGAAACAUUUUGACUCCUUUUCUGAGGCCAGCUUCUCAGCAGUUGUUCUCAAAACAAAAGACAUCCCCUUCAAGAAGAAAUGUAGGCUCUGGGGAACAAAGGGGCAAGCAGAACAGGCGUUGGAGAAAGAUUCUUCAGGAAGGAAGACUUUAUGAGCCACGGAGAUGGAUAGUUAAACAAGUCAUAACUUAUAUGUGAAUAAGAUGCAUAUAAAUAGCAUUUAUAAUAGUGAAGUUCUACUUAUUUAGAUGCAGCGAAAUGAAGAAAAGGUGUACAUUACAGGGUCUGUCACAGUUCAUUCAUUGUAGUUUUGUAUAGAAACAAUUUCAGCAGUCUGAACUUUAUAUAGUUCCUGCAGUGACAUUUUAUCUACAGCAUUUGUACCUUCAGAUAUGUCAGAACAAAGGCAUAGCCACAAUUAUCUCAGCAUGUGCAUUAAAAGGGGUAUCUCAUGAAAUUUCUGAUAAAAUAAUGGCUAAACAUAGUGUGUCCCCAGUUAUGAAACAGAUUCAUGUGCCAUAUUCUACUUGAAAGGCUUUUUUCUUUCUGUAAGCUUUUCAUGGGGCUCUUCCUGCCCAGAAACUGAUUUAUAACUCAUUUUUAGAAUGUGCUGCCGCCGCUGCUCAGCACAUGCCGUACGGAAGCCAGGCUAGGGCCUGAUCGCCGAAGACAGCGCUAUGUUUCAGAGUUUCUUGUAAUGAUUGUAAAAUAAAUCAUGCCUACUGAUAUAACCAACACCA